UCUUUCAACAAAAUAUGAAAGAUGUCACAUUGCUUAGCCAAUUAAUGACACAGCAAAAAGGUACAUGAUGUUGUCCACAUCCAAAUUAAAAAUGGCCCAAAAUUAAACAGGCUGGCCAUAGAAAACAAAAUAAAGUUCCAACAAAAAUCCCAGAUUUCAGAAAACAUUGUGACCAGCUGUAGAAUCACGUUCAAUUUCCACAUUUCCUCUUUCUGCUGUCAAAACUUGAAAGGCAUUCCUCAUCAGAGGCCAUGGACAUCCUGAUUGUUUUCGCCCUUUCCGUCUACAUGGCCUCUUUCGCCCGCAGCGCACCUCUGCCAGAUGAGAGCACACUUGUUGCGGAUCCACGGUCUCAGGAAAUCGUGCAAAGGAGCCGCAGCUUGAUUCAAAAGAUCCUGCUCUCCAUUCCCGACGCACACAAGUCAUGCAUUCACACAGAGACACUGAAGCUAAAUUCUUCAGAAAAUGAAAAGCUUGGGGUAAUGGCAUCCAACAUUGGCAUCCCCUCUGCUCCCAUCCUCGGAAGUCUUUCCUUAAACUUUUCUUUGGAGACUCGGUUGAAGCGCAUAUCUGAGGGUCUUCAGCUGCACCGGGCCUUACUGAGCUCAGUCUCUCCUCACCUGGAAAACAAAGACAAAGUGAUGGAGCUACAGGCUGACAUCAAAGACCUCAUCAUUCAGAUCAACAAGAUGCUGAAUAAGAUCAAAGGUGAGACUGUGGUGCAGCCCACACCGACCCCUGUGGCUUUACGUCUACCAGGGGAGUACGAGGUUCAGGUGGCAGCACACCUGACCCUGGUUCAGCUCCAGGCCUUUGGGCAGGACGUGGUCCGCACCCUCAGGAGCCUUGCCCAGAGCAGCGAGGAGGAGACAGAGAGCUGACCAAUGGGUGUCACACAUAGACUGUAUAAAUAAUGGACAUAGUCUCGCUGACGUCACCCGUCUGUUCCUGAAGC